AUGAAGACGUAUAUUGGUUUCAUAGCGAUUUUGAAAUGCGUGGUGUCAGCGUCGGCGGGCGCAGUAGAGGGCUGGUACCAGCCGGCCGCCGAGACUGUGUACCCCUGCUCCUAUCGAUACAACCCUGUUUGCGGCUCCGACGGACUUACUUAUUACAACCAAUGUAUACUCAAAUACAGUAAUGACAAUAACAGAUACAAAGGUCAACAAGCGGUCUACGAAACCAAUGGUUAUUGUAAAGAAUGUAAAUGUCAAAAUGUCAAUUUACCCGUUUGCACCACCGAUGGUGUGACGUACGCGAACGAAUGCGAGUUAGAUUGCGUUAACCAAAAUCGCAUUAAAUGUGGCCUAUCGAUUAUUAACCUUGCCUAUAGAAAGAAAUGCCUCGGCCCUCCGUGUGACUGCCCCUCGAUCGCCUCCCCCGUGUGCGGAUCCGACGAGGUGCUCUAUAGAAAUGAAUGUGAACUCAACUGUGCCAGUAGAAACACUAUAGCUUCUGGAUUACCGGAGAUCACGCUCAAGAACGUGGGCGCCUGCAGAGACGGCUGCUCCUGCCCUACCACUUAUCAACCAGUGUGCGGUAGCGAUGGGAAAACUUAUGACAAUCCUUGCGAAUUGGAAUGUCAAAAUAAUGCGUGUAAUUCACACAAGCAACAGGGAGUUCAACCAUUGUACAACGGUAAGUGUGACGAAUGCGUUUGUACCGAUGUUAAAUAUCCCGUAUGUGCUAGCGACGGCACUACGUUUAAGAAUAAAUGUAGCCUUGAUUGCGAGAAUCUGAAGCGAUAUAAUGCAGGACAACCAGCUUUAACCGAAUUGGGUAAAGGAGAAUGCGUCGGUUGCAUUUGUGAGGCGACACACGACCCAAUCUGUGGAACAGACAGAAAUGUCUACGAAAACGACUGCAUUCUAAAGUGCGAGAACAGAGCAAGAAAUGAAAAAGGUUUUCAAGAAAUUGGUAUUUUGUAUAAAGGAAAAUGUGAAGAUACGUCCUCCAAAUGUGUGUGCGAUCAUUGUUCCGAUGUUUAUGAACCUAAAUGUGGAGACGACUACGCCACCUACUGGAACUAUUGUUGGUUAAAAUGCUUUUCUGACUGCAACGAAGCGAAGGGCUUAAAGGGAAUACAAGUCAUGAAGAAUGAAUCAUGCAUGUAG